AAUACAUCAACUGCUCCUCUGUGUGAACUUAAAGAGGAGAAGCAAACAGCAUAGACCAGCCUUUUGACAUUCGCUCUGCAUCUUUGUGUUUCAGGGCCUGUUUUAUUAUCUCUCUGGCUGGCUCAGGACGGUGUGUUGUGUGCAUCACCUAAAACUGUCCGGCGGAUGUUGUGCCAGGGGCCUCGUCACAAAAACAAUGGCGAGCGGCAUCGGCAAACACAAGAUACUGAACGUGGGACCCACGGAGCCCUGGUCAAUCAGGGAGAAAUUGUGCCUGGCGUCAUCUGUUAUGAGGAGCGGAGACCAAAACUGGGUGUCUGUGAGCAGAGCUAUCAAGUCUUUCUCAGAGCCUGGUCGUCCUCCUGACUGGUUCUCUCAGAAGCACUGUGCCUCACAAUAUUCUGAGCUGCUCGAAGCCACAGAAGCACCCAAACGUAAGCGUGGGGAGAAGGGUGAGGUGGUGGAGACCAUCGAAGAUGUCAUCGUCCGUAGGCUGACCACUGAAAGGAUUGAGGAGCUAAAAAGACUACAGAGAGAAACCCAGGAGCAGUACAGGAAACUGAAGAAGGAGGUGGAGCUAAUACAGAUGGGUCACAUGGACUCCCAGCUCAAAGAUCUGUGGGCAGAAAUCACACUAAAGAAGAAAAUGGAGGAGGAGGAAGCAGAGCAGAAGAGGAAAGCCACAGAGAUGGCGUACCAAGCACGUCAGGCAGUGAAAAACACGCCCAAGCGCCUCCCCAGUGUUACUGUACGUUCUCCACUGGGGGCCAGCCCCCCAACCCACGACUCCCAGGCAGAUUCUGCCGUCUCUACGCCACCCAUGGAUUCUGAAGGCGUCACCUCUGAGGACACCACCAUACACUCAGUUGCUCAGGGGGUCGGGGUGUUCCUGCCAGCUGCGGACCCUCCGCUGUCUGGGCCAAAAGAUGGAGGCCUAGCUGCUCUGGUUGAUGACUCGCCUCAGAAGAGACUCCUAGCGCAGAAGGCCACACCGCCACCAUCACCUCUGUUAUCAGAGCUUCUAAAGAAAGGAAACCUCAUCUCAGCCAGCCCACGCCUGGUAUCAGAAGGAGACACGACAAGUUUAACCAACGGUGUACAGAGUGCAGCUACAGCUGCUUCUUUAGUGCCGGGUCAUGAAGGCUUUACAGAGGGUGACGCAGAAGCUGCAGUGAAAGCAGAGCUCAGUGAGGAGACGGGGCUAGCAGAAGAGGAUCUUGUAGCUGUGUCUUGCAUAGGGGAUGAGUUGGACCUGGAGACUGUGGGAGACAUCAUUGCCAUCAUAGAGGAGAAGGUAUUGGUGGAUGACUCAGUUGAGGCUUUAGAUGCAGCCGCCGUAGAAGCGGCUCUGUCUCUCUGCGAGGAAGCCGUUUCAGAAGGCCACACCCUCCCCGGCCCGUGGGAGACCCAGGAACUGAAGACCCCAGAACUCACAGUCCAGCACACCAGCUCCCUUCAGGAAAAUCAGGAUGUUCCCACCAUGCUGACCCCGUCCCCCAGCAGCCUGGACACACAGAACCAGCCUGACCUCCAAAGACAAGUACAGUUCAAGGGAAACGGCGAGGGAGCCGAGGUGACAGGAAGUGACAUUCCCUCUUCGGUUGCUUCCGAUGACGGCGCAGCAGGAAGUGUAGUCACAGAGGAGGCGGCCGGAGUGAAGGAGGCUGCUGAAGCUACAAUAAAGAGUGAAGGAGAGGAGUGGAGCCAGCCUGAAGCCAACCCUCCCUGCCUCGACUCAGAAGAUAGCUCUGUGUCUGGCAAAGAGUGCAAGGAAGUGAAGGAAGAGGAGGGAGGGAGUGAUGGGGACCCAGAUGAAGGGAUGGAGCUAAAGGAGGAGUGUGGGGAGGGUGAGGGUCCUUACCUGUCUGAGGUGGAGCGGGCCGCCAGCGAGAGCGAAGACGGCUACGGCCCCCCCUCCCAGCGUUACACUGUCGAUUCACUGGCCAGCAGCCCAGCCUCUUCCUCCCAGCUCUCCACAUGCGGAGAGGACCAAGAGGCUGUCCAGGCGCAGAAAAUCUGGAAGAAAGCCAUCAUGUUGGUGUGGAGAGCUGCGGCCAAUCACAGGUACGCCAGUGUCUUCUUGCAGCCUGUGUCAGAUGAUAUCGCCCCGGGUUACCACAGCAUUGUGCACAGACCCAUGGACCUCUCAGCCAUAAAGAAGAACAUCGAGUCCGGCGUGAUCCGUACCACAGCUGAGUUCCAGCGAGACAUCAUGCUGAUGUUCCAGAAUGCCAUCAUGUACAACUCCUCGGACCAUGACGUGUACCACAUGGCGCUGGAGAUGCAGCGGGACGUCCUGGAGCACGUCCAGCAGUUCCUGGCCACCCAGCUCAUCAUGCAGACCUCGGAGAGCGCCAUCUCUGCCAAGAGCCUCCGCGGCAGGGAGGGAAACCGGAAACCAGGGGAGGCGGCUGAGAAGUUACCUUCUUCUGAAUCAUGCUUCCUCUACAUUCUGAGAGGGUAAAACUGGAGGGGAAACCCAACAGAGUGCAUCAUCUACAGCGUUUGAAAAUGUUCAGUGCGGUUUGAUGAGCAGGGACGCGUUUUAAGAGUAUGAAUGAGACUCUGCUCAUUUGCUGCAUUAAGAAUCCCGUCAAACCAAUUAAUCAUCUUGGCUUUGCUGCCUCUCAAUCACCGAUGCACCAGGUGGAAAGUUCUGGGUUAAUACUCAUUUUAAAAUGUAAUAAUAUAACUAAUGAACACAAUAUUGUAAUCAUAUUUUUCCCUUUUAACACCAGAAAAACAAAUUUAAAGCAGUUGUAGAAAAUUCCGGCCAUUUCCAACAAAUAUUCGCUAAAUUAUUUCUUGUUGCCUUCUUGGACCAAGGGCAUUUUAUUGUUUUCUUUUGUGUGACAGAUUCAGUUUGAAUACAUUUCAUCAGUUUCUGGGUAAGUCCUUGAGACAUAACCUGGAUGUGUGAGAGAAAUACUGGCCAACAAGCUCAGGGUCAGUGGAAGCAGAUUUUACGUGGGUUAUGUUAGUGUGGUAAUAAUUUACAGACAUUUUUACCAUAUGUAGUUGAUAUUUGAUGGCAGACCUGGAUUUUCCUCCAAGUUUAUUCAUUUUCAUAGGAGACUCGGUGGCGGUCUCUUUGCUUGAUACAUUUUUUAUAUAAUGUGCUUUUUCUGCUUAUAUCAGUCCAAGGUAAUCCUAAUGCCAAAUAGACAUUUAAAAGUGUUCUUUUUGUGUUUUUCCAAACGUUUCAUGAAUCUCAAAUUGUCAAGAUCUUGAGCUGAAGAUGGUUAAAUGUGCUCCAGACCUCUUAAAGAUGACCCUUUAAUUGAGACCAUAAGUGGCAAAUCAGUUGCUGAAGUGCUUAAUAAUAGAAAUCUCCUCCAGUGCAGAUAACAGCGGCUUUUUGUUUGCUUGGUGUUUUAAUGCGCUGGGAUGUCACGCCACCCUGGGCAGAAAGCCAUAUCAAAAACCGCUGCUGAGUUGUUCUUUCUGCUCAGCCUUGCAGAAGACAUUUAAAGCUUGGCAGGAUAACAUCAUUUUUGCUUCCAAGCGCAUGUCGUAGUUCACCAUGCUGACUCUUGCUAUAUAUGCUAAAGUUUGUUUGCUCUGCUUGACAUCGGGAGCUUCACUGGAACCGUUGUUGUUGACUACCCAGCUGAUCUGUGUCCUGCAUCUUUGGCUGCACCUUUUUUGUUCAUCUGUGUGUGUGUGUCUCCACCUGCAUGCUUGUGUCUCUGCAGAUGACCAAAGAAUUAGAUUUUCUUCAUGUAGUCAUGCAUGUUGCUGUUAUUGGAGAUAGAUAUGGGAGUCUGUAGUGUGCAUCCAAAGGGUGACUGCUUCUUGUUUUCUUGAAGUUGGGACUCUGGGAGGAGCUUUGUCAGACUAUAAAUCUGCAUAUGUUAAUGGGAGUUGUGAUGUGGGGUGAAUUCAUGCAUCUGCUUGUCUCUUCUUUUCUGCGGAUCUCGGUCCCGAAUGUUGUGUCUAAAGUGAUUGUUUGAUAUGUCUUCCUGAUGUUUUGUGGAUUUGUGUGUCUCUGUGUUUGUCAUCCAAUGAGGUCCAGUAUCCCCUUGGCGUGUUUUGUUUGACUCCGACUCCAAUGAAACUUGCUUUCUCACGCUCGUGUGUCUUUGCUUUCUAUUUUUCACUCCAAUGUUUGUCCUU